AUGGGGACUGAAGAGGUGUCUCCCCCGUUUUUUCCAUGGGAAAAAGCAGAAGGAGGGGCGGAAAAGCUCCGCACAGCGACAGCAGAACUUGAACGUCUGGGCUGGACGCCUGCAGACGGAGGGGAGUGGUUCGCGCACACGGCAAGUGGGUGGCUGUGCAACCCCAGUGAAAAAGUCUACUUUCACUCGGAAAGAAACAUUCUGCUGCCUGCACAGCCGCAAGCUGCAGCAACUGAAGUAGCAGCAGCCAGCGAAGCUCUUACCGUAGAUGCACACCAAGAGCGCGCUGAAUGCUCCCAAGGCAACAACAGCACAGGAGAGAUAGAAGAAGAAGAAGAAGAAGAAGAAGAAGGAGAAGAAGGUGAUUUGCAGUCUGAUGAUGACUCAGACUUCAUGCUGGAUCUCGAGGAUGACCUCGACGCGGCAACAGCGCAGAAGAAGGGAUCGGCUGAAGGCAAGGAUACAUGCGAAGACAGAUUCAUCACCCGCGCAGGCCUCCCUCUGGGUUUCUUUGCCGGCAGCACUGAGGGCCUUUGCUAUUUCUCUGCUAUAUAUGACGGGCAUGCGGGAACAGAAGACGGAGCUGCGCUGCGCCUGACGGAAGACCAUAAGCCGAAUACCCCCAGCGAAAAGAAACGCAUCGAGGCCGCAGGGGGGCAGGUGGCGUCCAUACAGGGGAUCUGGCGAGUGCUUUCCUCAGACUCCCGCAGAAACCGCACAUUUGGGCUUUCUACUGCUCGGGCUUUGGGGGACUCUGCACUCAAGAAGCCGAAACCACUGGUCAUAUCUCACCCCACGGUGCAUGUGUACACGCUCCACUUCGACAGAGACGCGUUCCUGGUGAGCCGUUGCUUGCUCCUCAUGGGCUGGUCGUCACUACCCCAGCUGCUGCUGUCGCUGCUUUUUUUCUUCAUGCUGGUUGCACUGUUGUGUUGCUUACUCGAUGAGGAGAAAAUACGGAGAGGCAAGAAAUCAACAGGGUAG